UGACUUUCAGCCUGGCACGACAGCCAGUGCGGCUGUAUAGCCCACCUCUCAUUCGCUCGGCGAGGACGCGCUUGCCGCUCCGGACCGGCGUUCGGUCCUGGCCGGCUACGUUGUCGGCCUUGAAAUACACCGAGCGCGUGGGCACUUGCCCAUCUUCCCCACUACCAUGACGACCAACGGAGCUUGCGAAGGAUGCACCUGCGGCCGCGCUGGUCUCGACGGCCCCGCCGUGGACCGCGAGCCGCGCUCGUUCACCGUGCCCGCGGAGGGCAUCUACUCGCCUGAGACGCACACCGAGAUAGAGGGGAUCGACAACGCCAUUCCCCUCCGCUCCAAGAAGUGGUUCCACGACGACGACGACCCAGGCAUGACCUCGAUUUACCUCGAGCGGUACAUGAACUGGGGCAUGACGCUGGACGAGCUGCGCAACGAGAAGCGGCCGGUGAUCGGCAUCGCGCAAACAGGCUCUGAUCUGUCCCCAUGCAACCGCCAUCACAUGGAGCUGGCCAAGCGCGUGCGCGACGGCAUCAUUGCUGCGGGCGGCACGCCGCUCGAGUUCCCCUGCCACCCGAUCCAGGAGACGGGCAAGCGCCCGACCGCCUCGCUCGACCGCAACCUGUCGUACCUCGCCCUCGUCGAGGUCCUCUUCGGGUAUCCACUUGACGGCGUCGUGCUCCUGACGGGCUGCGACAAGACGACGCCUGCAAUGCUCAUGGCUGCCGCGACGAUGAACAUCCCCGCGCUGUGCCUCAACGUCGGCCCCAUGCUCAACGGGUACAGCAACGACGGCAAGCGGCUGAUGGGCUCCGGCUCGGUGGCGUGGGAUUCGCGCGCCGCAUUCGUCACCGGGAAAAUAAACGCGAAGCAGUUUGUGCACAACAUGGCGACAUCGGCACCGAGUGUCGGCCACUGCAACACCAUGGGCACAGCGUCGACGAUGAACGCCAUGGCCGAAGCGCUCGGCAUGGCCCUCCCCGGCUCCGCCGCCAUCCCCGCCGCGUACCGCGAACGCGGCGCGUGUGCGUACCAGAGUGGCCGCCGCAUCGUCGACAUGGUCCGGCACGACCUCAAGCCGUCCGACAUCAUGACGAAGGAGGCGUUCGAGAACGCAAUCGCGCUCAACACUGCCAUCGGCGGCUCAACGAACGCGCCGAUUCAUCUCGGCGCCAUCGCCAAGCAUAUUGGCGUCGAGCUCAGCACCGCUGACUGGGAGCGUGUCGGGUAUGAGCUGCCGGUGAUCGUCAACGUCAAGCCCGCCGGCCAGUUUUUGUGUGAGGAGUACUUCCGCGCGGGCGGCUUGCCCUCGGUCGUCGCCGAGCUCAUGGAGCACGGCAAGCUGCCCCAUCCUUCCGCGCUCACGUGUACGGGCCGCUCGAUCGGCGAGAACUGCAAGGGCGAGCUGUCACUCGACCGCCGUGUCAUCAUGCCCUUCGAAAAGCCGCUCAAGAAGGCCGGUGGCUUCCUCAAUCUCCGCGGCAACCUGUUCGACAGCGCGAUUAUGAAGACGAGCGUCAUCAGCGACACGUUCCGCAAGCAGUGGCUCGAGAACCCCGAGGACCCCAUGGCGUUCGAAGGGCCGGUGGCCGUCUUUGACGGGCCAGAAGACUACCAUGCCCGCAUCGACAAGAACCCCAACAUCACCAAGAACACCAUCCUCAUUAUGCGCGGCACAGGGCCUAACGGAUACCCCGGCGCCGCCGAGGUCGUCAACAUGCUCCCGCCCGCCGAGCUCAUCAAGCAGGGCCUCGAGCUGCCGUGCAUCGGCGAUGGGCGGCAGAGCGGGACAUGCGGUACGCCCGCCAUCCUCAACGCGUCGCCUGAGGCGGCUACCGGUGGCAUGCUCGGGUAUCUCAAGGACGGCGACAUCGUGCGCGUCGACCUGAACAAGCGUACCGCCAACGUCGUGCUCAAGGACGAGGAGAUUGAGGCGCGUAAGAAGGAGAUGGGGUUAUACAGGGAGACCAAGAUGCCCAAGUCUCAGACACCCUGGCAGGAGCUGUUCCGCGAGAACGUUGGGGAACUGUCGGAGGGCAUGGUCCUCGGCAAAGCUGUAAAGUAUCAGCGCCUGGCUCAGACCCAGACCAUUCCCCGCCAGAACCACUAGUCGACAGGUCGCCUGUACUGACACGUUGUUAUCUGACGGGCAUUAGGAUCGCCACGGUGGGUAGGGGCGAGGCGGACGAGCGAUCAAUUCAGGCAGUGCAUGAUAUGGUAGUAGUACAACUAGCUGCCCCUCUAACGGCAACAUGAUGAAUAUGCAGGAGAUUUUACUUGUCGUUC